CUGAUGGCCUUUGCAAGUAUGGGAAGGUUGAAAAGGCAAAACAACUUUUUUCCCGAGUGAAAGAGGAAUUUCUCCUGAUGUAAUUGUUCACACCUCUCUACUCUACGGUUUCUGUUUAAUUGGUAAUUUGGAGAAGGCAAAAGGUUUAUUCAGAGAGAUGGAGGAUGAAGGAGUGCAAGCUAACGUGGUGGCAUUCAAUGUUUUGAUGGAUGCAUUUUGCAAACGACAAAGGUUGCAAGAAGCAAGUGAAUUAUUAGACUUGAUGAUCCAGAAAGGUCAGUAUCCUGACACGAUAACUUAUACCACAUUUAUUGGUGCACUUUGUAAACAAGGGAGCAUAGAAAAAGUAUAUGGAUUGUUAGACUUGAUGAUUCAAAGAGGUCAGCACCCUGAUAUAGUGACUUAUAACACAUUGAUUGAUGCCCUUUGCAAAGAGGGGAGGAUGGAGGAAGCAAAUAGAUUGUUAGAUUUGAUGAUUAAGAGAGGUCAGCACCCCAAUGCCAUCACUUAUAGUAAAUUAUUGAAUGCAUUUUUCAAAGAAAGGAGGAUGGAUGAGGCAAAUAGAGUAAUACGUUUGAUGAUUCCGAGAGGUAAGCAUCCUGACGUUGUUACUUAUAGCACACUGAUAGAUGCACUUUGCAAGGAUGGGAGGUUAGAUAAAGCAAAUAAAGUACUACACUUGAUGAUUCAGAGAAAUGAGCAUCCUGAUAUAGUGACGUAUAACAUAUUGAUUAAUGCACUUGUAAACACGAAAGACUGGAAGAAGCAGAUGGAUUGCUAUACUUCAUUAUUCGAAGACUGUCAGCACCCUAAUAUAGUAACUUAUAACACAUUGAUUGAUGCACUUUGCAAGGAAGGGAGGAUGGAGGAAGCAAACAGAUUACUAAAUUUUAUGACUGAGAGAGGUCAGCACCUCGAUACAGUCACUUAUGGUACAUUGGUGAAUGCAUUUUGCAAGGAAGGGAGGAUGGAGGAAGCAAGUGCGCUGUUUGAUUUAAUGAUUCAGCGAGGAUAACUUCCUAACACCAUUAUUUAUAAUACCAUGAUCGAUGGGCUGUGUAAAAAUGGGCAAUUGGAGAAGGCUAGUAAUUUAUUAAAAGAGAUGGCCGGAGGAGAGUGGUUGUUUUCCAGAUGUGGUGACCUUUAAUAUAUUCAUUUCCUUUUU